AUGGUUAAGCGAGUUGCAAUUAUUGGAGCUGGUGUGAGUGGCCUCACCUCCAUCAAAUGUUGCUUGGAAGAGGGGCUGAAGCCCACCUGUUUUGAAAGGAGUGGCGACAUUGGAGGGCUAUGGCAAUUCACAGAAUAUGUUGAAGAGGGCAGGCCUAGCCUUUACAAAUCUCUUGUUACUAACAGCAGUAAAGAGAUGUCCUGUUUCUCAGACUUUCCUUUCCCAGAGGAUUUUCCAAACUUUGUGUCACACUUCCAGUUUUUGGAAUAUCUCAAAAUGUAUGCAAACAAGUUCAACCUUCUGAAAUGUAUCCAAUUCAAGACCAUUGUCUGCAAUGUGAAAAAAUGUCCAGAUUUCUCUACCUCUGGCCAGUGGGAGGUAACCACUGAACAUGAAGGAAAGCAAGAGUCAGCUAUAUUUGAUGCUGUCAUGGUCUGUACUGGUUUUCUCACUAACCCAUUUUUGGCGCUGGAUACAUUACCAGGUAUCAAUACCUUUAAAGGUCAGUACUUUCACAGCCGAGAGUACAAGCAUCCUGACUUAUUCAAAGAUAAGAGAGUCCUUGUGAUUGGCAUGGGGAACUCCGGCACAGACAUUGCUGUGGAGGCUAGCCAUGUGACUAAAAAGGUGUUGCUCAGCACCACUGGAGGUGCAUGGGUGAUAAAUCGAGUUUUUGACCAUGGGUAUCCUUGGCCCAUGGUGUUCACCACUCGAUUUCAAAGUACAUUAAGAAAUUCCCUCCCAACUUCAGUUGUAAACUGGUUAAUUGGCAACAAGGCGAAUAGCCAUUUCAAUCAUGCAAACUAUGGUUUGGUUCCAGAAAACAGAACUUGCUUCUGAGAACCUAUAGUGAAUGAUGAGCUCCCAGGACGUAUAAUUACUGGGAAGGUGUUGAUCAAUCCCAGUGUGGAGGAAGUGAAAGAAAACUCUGUUGUGUUUAAGAAUACUCCAGAAGAAGAUCCCAUUGAUAUAAUUGUCUUUGCCACAGGAUAUACUUUUACUUUUACUUUCCUUGAUGAGUCUAUAGUGAAAGUUGAAAAUAAUCAGGCCUCUUUGUAUAAGUACAUUUUCCCUGCACAUCUGGAAAAACCAACACUGGCUGUCAUAGGCCUCAUCAAGCCUUUUAGAUCAUUGGUGUGCACAUCAGAAGUACAAGUCCGAUGGGUCACACGAGUCCUAAAGGGCUUGAGUAAGCUACCAUCACCACAAGCCAUGAGAGAAGACAUUAACACAAGGAAAGCAAAUAAAGCCACUGGGUUUGGUUUAUACUUCAAAAUGAUUUUGCAAACAGAUUGUGUCAUCUACCUAGAUGAGCUCUCGUCCUUCAUCAAUGCAAAACCCAAUAUCUUAUCUCUGUUCCUGGUGGACCCACUACUGGCUUUUAAGAUUUUCUUUGGCCCACUUACCUCAUACCAGUACCGUCUGACUGGCCCAGGGAAAUGGGAUGGAGCCAGGAAUGCCAUUUUGACCCAGUGGGACCGGACAAUCAAGCCAACAAAAAUUCGAGUUGUACAAGGACCUCCAGAUACUUUUCCCCACCUACUCAAAGUCUUCAGCUUUUUGGCUCUACUUGUGGCAGCAUUUCUUAUUUUCUAG